AUGACAGUCGCGUCGUUGACGUACUUUCCCACAUCCGCCGCUUCAGGAGCCAAGUACUACGAACAGUACUAUCCAAUGGAACCCUACGAACAUCCUGAAGGUGAAGGGGAUGAGGAAGUGGAUCCAGAACCUCCCAUGAAGAUGAGUCAGCAAGACAAGAUCCGGAAUCGUCCACCAAGGAAGUGGUACUGUAUGGUCAGCUCGGUACUAUAUUUGGCACUUGUUUUGAUCACUUUCAUCUUGACCAUCGUCGCGCUCGUCUUCAAAGUGUUCGAAGUCCAGGAGAAGUUGGAGAGGUUGAGGAAGAAGAAGGAGGAAGCUGAUGCAUUUUCCUAAAUUUGUUGAGAUUAUUGGAGCAAUAAUGUAUGUAAAUUAUUUUUUACUGAAUAUAGAUUAAUC